AUGAACCAUUCAGUUGGGUUUGAUUGGGGUUUUAAAACUAAAGAUGGAGAGCAUAAUGGUGGUAGUUGCAGCGGCGGAUUGGGAGCUUCUGCCAUAACGACCCCCAACAACCAGCAUACAGGUAGUCAUUUUGUACAUACGAACUAUAGGGUUGGUAAGGCUAAGUUAAAGAGGCGUUUGACAGCGGAAGAUGGGUUCGGUAAUGGAGUUGGAGGGGGUAAUAAUGCUCAUGUAGGCGGGGUUAGUGGGGGGUCAUGUCAAGGUUAUCGCAGGGUGUCGAAGCGGAAAGCUGUUCAUUACAACCUGAUUCAGGGGCAACCGCUUCCUAUUCCUAGGGCGAUAGAGAUGAUGGAUAAAGAGACGUUGGAGUCUAUGUUACUACGGCUUAUUAAUCUACACCCUGAGAUACAGGAUUCGUUGGCGUCUAUUCAUCCGCUGUCACAUGAUAUGGACAAGUAUACAGCUUUGUUGGAGAAAAAGAUGGGAGCGGUAUAUGAUCACAUUCCGUAUUCUAAAUAUGGCCAUACUUUGAAUGACUAUGCAUUUGUCAGAAUGAAGCCUUCGCUUUUAGAGUUUUUGAAUUGUUUGAUAGAUUGUCUUUUAGAUUCUAUCCCACCAAGAUCCACAAAUUUGCUACAAUCUUUUAAAUUUGCUAAAUACGUUACAGGGCUUUUGGCGCAGUUGCCUCAGUUUGCAACAGAAUCUAAUAACUACUAUAAGAACAUCUGUUAUGAACAAGUUUCAGAGAUUUGGAACACGUUGAUUAAGCAUGCUUCCUCUGGUAUCAACUUUUUGUCGACGAAGCCAAGUCUUUUGCAUUACUUACACGAAUUAAAACAGUUUAACGAACAAUCUAAGGGUAAGUUCGAAGCACCGUUGCAAUUGUUUUUCUCAAUAAUGGAUGAUGGCUGCACUCCAACAACAACUGCUGCUGCUGCCGCCGCCGCCGCCGCCGAUUCAGGAUCUGCAGCUGAUGAACUCGGGAACGGUAAAAAGAAUAUCGAACAAUUCGGUAUUUGGAAUAACGUUGCUUGA